CCAUGUGAGUCCCUUUCCCUCUCUCUUUUUCAUUUUUUUUCUCCAGAGUUCUAUAAAUCUUCAUUAACUUCGCUCUGAAAAUUCUUGAUCAUAGUAAAACCAGCCUUCUCUGUUCUUCACUGUUUGAUUUUUGAGGCCUUAAUGCCUCGAGAUUUCGGCAAAUGAGGUAGUUCUGUGUAUUAUGCGGUCUCUGUACCGGGAUUUUCUUUGCCGAUGAAGGGUUUCCCUGCUUCGUUUUUGCUUCUAUUUUUGGUGGGUUUUGCUACUUUCAGCUGGGUUUUGGCUUUCCCUCAGGAUGUGCUGCCGAAAGAUUCUGGGAAAUUCAAAUUAGGACAAGAAAACUUGGGUCCUUGGAAGAACGAGAUAUUGGAGACUGCUGAGGGCUCAGGAUCUGCAUAUAACAACUCUCAAAGCCCUCUUGUAUUGGCAGCAAAUAGAACAAAGCGCCCAGAUAUUCUUCAUGGGUUUAGGGUGUACGAAGGUGGAUGGGACAUUGCCAAUCCGAAUUACUGGGCUUCUGUUGGAUUUACUGGUGCCACUGGUUUCAUUCUUUCCAUCUUCUGGUUCAUUUUCUUUGGCAUUGCUCUUCUUAUUCAUCGUUGCUGCGGAUGGAAGUUUAACCUUAACGGCAAAGAAUCAAAGACUUCACAGUGGAUUUGCCUAGCAUUACUUGUUGUUUUCACAUCUGCUGCAACCAUUGGCUGCAUACUUCUAUGUAUUGGACAGAAUAAUUUUUACAAUGAAGGUUUGCAUACUUUGAAGUUUGUUGUAAACCAGUCGGACUACACUGUGCACACGCUUAAAAAUGUUACAGAAUAUCUCUCACUUGCAAAGACCAUUAGUGUGGCCCAGGUGUUCCUUCCAUCUGACGUAAUGAAUGACAUCGAUGAGUUAAAUGUAGAUUUAAAUACUGCUGCAGAUACAGUGGCAGAUAAGACAACCGUAAAUUCUCGUAAAACAAGAAAAGUUUUCACUAUGAUGCGUUCGGCAUUAAUUACCGUUGCUGCACUCAUGCUUCUUCUGGCUCUCAUUGGUCUUUUCCUGUCCUUCUUUGGAUAUCAACAUGCAAUCUAUAUAUUAAUAAUCAGUGGUUGGCUACUUGUGACAAUUACAUUUGUUCUUUGUGGGUUGUUUGUAAUUCUUGACAAUGCUGUUUCUGAUACAUGUAUGGCUAUGGAAGAAUGGGUGGAUAAUCCACAAGCAGAAACAGCUCUUAGCAACAUCCUUCCAUGUGUUGACCAUAAAACCACAAACCAGACACUGAUCCAGAGCAAAAAGAUCGUCAACGACAUCGUGAGUGUCGUCGAUCAAUUUAUCUACAAUUUCGCCAAUGCAAAUCCACCCCCGGGUUCUCCCAACUACUGCAACCAAUCAGGACCUCCAAUGCCAGCUCUCUGUUACCCAUACAACUCUCAGCUGGAAGAAAGUAGAUGCAGCGAUAACGACGUGACUAUUGAAAAUGCAUCAACAGUGUGGCAGAAGUUUGUGUGUCAAGUAUCGGAAUCUGGGCUGUGCAUCACGGUCGGAAGGGUCUCACCGGACAUCCAUUCCCAGAUGGUGGCUGCAGUGAAUGAGAGUUAUGGACUUCAGCAUUACACUCCCCCUUUGCUCAGCUUCCAGAAUUGCAAUUUUGUAAGGGAAACAUUUCACAACAUCACCACAGCCUACUGCCCUCAUCUGCACCGUCAUCUUAAGAUUGUGAAUACUGGACUUGCAAUGAUUUCUGUUGGAAUAUUGUUGUGUCUGUUGCUAUGGAUACUGUAUGCAAACCACCCCCAAAGGGAGGAUGUGUCUGCGAAGCUAUCCUUUUCGAUAAACUGCAGGAGAAGUAGUAACCCAAAUACGAAUAAUAAUGGCAGUGGAAACGAUGAAUCCACGACAUCAAGCAUCAGAAGCAUCAGAAGCAUCAGAAGCGGAGUUUAGAGAAGUGGAGGAAAAAAAAAGGAAUAGAUAGGAGGUUGGAAGCUUAAGUUUCCUCUUCAAAUGUUACAGUUGGUAGCUAUAUACAUAUGUAAGUAUAUACCCUCUUUCAAGGGAUGAAACCAAGAUGGGGCGAAGCACCAUUUUGUGUUCGAAUAUAAUGUCAUUUCUGGUAUAUAAUCAAAGAAAAUUUUUUGGUCCAUUUC